CAAUAAUGAGAGAAUAUAUGUAUUCAUAGACAGAUUAAAAACUGCUCAAAUUAUUAGUCUUUUCCCCUGAAAACGAGAACAAAUUAAUUUAUAUUCUUUUUUCAAAUGAAGUGAAUGGAAGUACUCUUUUUUGCUGAUAAACCCUGACCGGAGGGACCUUAGGUGACCCACCAAGGUAGCUAGAUAGAGGCAUAGCAUAUGUAUGUCCCUUUGGAAUCAGAUAUGGUUUAAAAGGAAUCCAAAGCAUCAGCCAUGGUGGGAGGUGAAAGAUUGAACCCUAUAGGUUUCAAGGCAGCUACAAGAACAAGAACUAGACCCUUUGCUUUUUUACUAAAGUUUCCCCUACAAAACAUUCCCAGCCAGUCCCCCCCCCCCUUCACUCACUACAUUUUCUUUUGACACUUUGCCCAUUGCAUUGAUUUUUCUCACCAAACAAAAGCUUGUCUGAAAAAAAAUGAAGAUCUUCAACUGGGUGCAUAGGAGAUUCAAUCAUACCAUCCUCAAAGAUUGGUUGGCUCCAAAUGUUAAGAAUACCGAUGAAGCCAUUGUAAUCGAGCAAGUAGCUCUGGUUGAUGUGCUUGAUGGCAUUCUAACAAUUGGCACCCUCGGUUUUGACCCUUUGGAAUCGGGUGGACAAAAAGAUUACGAAAACGAUGACGAGCACGGGGAAGAACAACGAUGUUCCGACGAUAGUGUCGGCGAUAACGAUGAUGGUGAUGUUCAUUUUGAUGAUGGUAAUGAAGAAGUGAAUCGGCUGAUGUUCGGUGCUUUGGACCACGGUUUUAAGGACGAGGCAAUGCCGGUUUGUGAAAUUAAGGGCCAGUCUGGGAAUCGGAGAAGAACCACAUUGGCAGAGCUCUUCUCCGCAGACUCGCCGAGCGGUCUUGAAAUGGAACUGAAUUGUGGCAAAAAAGCCAUUGUUGGAACAAAGCAGGGAAAUUCUUUGGCUACGAAACUGGUUCCUCAAGUAGGAGAAGGUUCAGGUCCUAUCAAAAUGUUACAGAAAAUGAUGAGGAGAAUGUUGAAAAGGAAGAUCCAUCCAGAGGUUGAAGGCAAAAGAGGGCAAUGUUGCAAGAAACAUGAAGCUUGUGAAUUCGUUUCUUUGCUUCAAUCUCAAGGUGCUGCUGCUACAGCUUGAGCUACGAGUUGAUGAUGAUGAUGACCUUGUGCAGCUGGAAAUUAAUUGUAUUGUCGUGUUGUGCUUUAAAUAAUUUUAUGUUUUAGUGUUUUCAUUAUGGACGAAGGGACGAUGUUAAUUCAAUCUAAGCUAUUUCUCAUGUAAUGUGUGAAAUUUUGUAACCAUGUGAUUUUCCUUUUUCUUUUGUUACUUAAAAGUAUCCAUUGAAGCGAAUUUGAUGAUUAAUUUUUCGUAAUCCAGGAAGAGGAUUAAAUCCUUGAGAACAA